CGGUGCCGGCAUACUUCAACGACUCGGCGCGCCAGGCCACCAAGGACACUAGCGCCUUCACCGGGCUCAACAUGCUGCGAAUCAUCAGCAAGCCGACAGCCUCCACCAUCGCGUUCGGCCUGAACAAGAUGGGCAACGAGCUGAUCUUCGACUGGGCAGCGGCAUCUCCGACAUGUUGCUGCUGAACAACGAGGAGGGCAUCUUCUUGGUGAAGGCGACGGCGGGCGACAAGCACCUAGGUGGCGAGGACUCUGAUAACCGCCUGGUGGAGUACUUUGAGCAGGAGUUCAAGCCCCACCACCGCAAGGACCUGACGUAGUACUAGCGCGCGCUGCGCCGACCGAACACGGUAUGCUAACGCACCAAGCGGAACCUGUUGUCGUCAGCGCAGACGUACAUCAAGAUCGACUCGCUGUUCGACGCCGUCGACUUCAACUCGAUCAGCACGCACGCGCGCUUCGGGAACCUGUGCAGCGACGACUUCCGCACGACGAAGAAACCCGUGGGGAAGGAUCUGCGUGCCUCAUAGCCGUCCAAGAGCCGUUGCACGAGGUGGUGCUGGCGGGCACCUCGACACGAAUCCUCAAUGCUGCAGCUGCUGACGGAUCUCUUAACGUCGAGAAGCCGUAUCACUCGAGCAAUCCAGACGAGGCUGUGGCAUUCGGCGCAAAGAAGCAGGCGAGCACUCUUAGCGACAGCAACAACCUUCCGGACCUGCUUGUUCUGAACGUAACGAUGUUGUCACUGUAGCCGCUACUUAAUACAAUUAUGAUAUGGUACUUGAAAUGCGAAUCGUUGAUGCUCUCGACGAUGGCUGUGGGGACAAGAACGACGUGUUGGAUCCGCGGAUUUGCUCAACAUUCACAGGAGAACGUAUUCGGAUGGGUGCGCAUUCCUCUGCGUCGGCUUCGUCGUCACUUGAGUCGUUUUCGUCACACGCCUUGGGGAACAGUUCGUACAUGAUAUGGUUGACUUCACUGGUUGCCCCCAAGUUGCAAUAAAUGAACACGAGUUUGUUCACGCGAUCUGGGGAAAGCCGAUUGCGAGUUUUUGUGUGAAUAUAACCGUGGAUACUCCAGUUGCGCUCACUGGAAGCAGAGAAUGUUGGAAUAGAUAGGAUUCGCGUUGCAAAUGGCUUGAUCGCGGAAAAACGCUUUGGCGCUA